AGGAUGUGAAGCUCUGCAGCAUGGAUUAUUUUUUCACUAUGAGAUAAAAUAUUUGUUGUAUUCAUCAAACACCAAACUUUGAAUGUUGGCUCUCAAUAUCCACAAAAUUGAAGAUCUAAUUUCGAUUCCACUUAAUAUAAGAAAAUGGAGAAUCAUCAUAUGAAGUUUUAAUAGACAUUCUAAAAAUUAUUUGUGCACAAAAAAAUGCAAAGCUUUAUUAAGUGGCUUUUCCUGCUGUGGGAUUUUUCUUUAUUAUGGCCAAGUAUCUCUGGAAUGCAGGUGCUGAAUUCCUUUUAUGGACAAACACUAUUAAACCAUCAACGAUCCAAGAGAAGUUGGGUUUGGAACCAAUUGUUUGUACUUGAGGAGCAGACAAUAACAAACCCUGUGUCAGUUGGACAGAUAAAAUCUGAUAUGGACAAACAAGAUGGAACAGUUAAAUAUGUUUUAUCAGGAGAUGGAGCAAAAACUGUUUUUACAAUAGAUGAAAAUUCAGGAGUUAUUUAUGUUCUUAAGAAACUUGAUCGAGAAGUGAAAGGCUCAUAUACCCUAAGAGCUCAGGCCAUAAACAGCUUUACAGGGGUUCCAGUUGAACCAGAAUCUGAAUUUAUUAUUAAAGUUCUGGAUAUAAAUGACCAUGAACCAAAAUUUAUCACUGAACCGUAUGUUACCACCAUUCCUGAAAUGUCUCCAGAAGGGACAUCAGUGAUUCAAGUAACAGCUACAGAUUUGGAUGAUCCAAGUUACGGAAUUAAUGCAAGACUAAUAUAUAGCAUUUUACAAGGACAACCUCACUUCUCUAUAGAACCCACAUCUGGAAUAAUUCGUGUGGCAUCCCAAAUUGAUCGGGAAGCUAAAGAUCAGUACCAUGUUAUAAUUCAAGCUAAAGAUUUGGUUGGCCAAAUGGGUGGACUAUCAGCAACAACAACAGUAACAAUUCAUUUGUCAGAUGUGAAUGACAAUGCACCAAAAUUCCAACAAAAAAUAUAUGACAUGUCAAUACUGGAAUCAUCUUUAGUUGGAGAAAUUGUAGGAACUGUUAUUGCAGAUGACAGGGACAUUGGAGAGAAUGCUGAAAUGAUUUAUAUGAUUGAAGAAAAAGGAGACUAUAGCACGUUUGAUAUAUUCACUGAUCAUUUAACCCAGGAAGGUAUUAUUACUUUAAAGAAGGUUGUUGACUAUGAAAGCAAGAAAAAAUAUAUUAUUAAAGUAAAAGCAGUAAACAAACAUUUUGAUGAAAGAUUUAUCAAAUCUGGGACAUUGGAAGAUACAACAACAAUUAAAAUAUAUGUUGAAGAUGUUGAUGAACCACCAGUAUUUACUCGCAGUGAAUUUUAUAUGGAAAUCCUUGAAAAUGCUGAUUGUGGUUCCUUCGUUGGCUCUGUGUCUGCAAGAGACCCUGAUGCUAUCAAUCGUUCUAUAAGGUAUUAUAUUGCACACAAGAGCUACUUCAGAAUAUUUGAAAUUGAUGAACUAACUGGAGCAGUCAUUACAGUCAAAGGCUUGGAUAGAGAACUUUCUUCAUGGCACAAUAUAACUGUGGCAGCAAAAGAAUCAAAAAACGCAGCCCAUGUAUCAGAAGUAUCAGUGUAUAUACGUGUUAUUGAUGUUAAUGAUCACGCUCCACAACUCUUAAGGAAAUAUGACAUAAAUGUUUGUGAAAUGGCAACAGAUGGAAAGGUAAUAGAGACUAUAAGCGCAGUGGAUGAAGAUAAACAAGAAUAUGAUCAUUUAAUUUCCUUUGCAUUAGCUCCAGAAUCAACAAGUAAUGAAAACUUCACUAUUAGAGACAAUGGAGAUAAUACGGCAGCAAUUAUUUCAUUAAGAGAUGGAUAUAGGCGUGAAGAAGAGACAUUUUUUUACUUGUCGAUAGAAAUGACUGACAAUGGAUCUCCACCGCUCACCAGUACUAGCACACUGACCAUUAGUGUGUGUGAUUGUGGCGCAGAUAUGAAUACAGCGUCCUGUAAAAAACAUGGAUUUUUAUCUUCUGUAGGACUCAACUCAGGAGCUCUAAUAUCACUUUCUUUAGGUGUCCCUUUAAUUUUAGUGCUUAUUGUUCUCUUUAUCAUUAAACAAAGAAAAAAUCAUAACAAACUUUCAGAAAAAGAAGAGUUUAGAGAGAAUUUUGUUAGUUAUGAUGACGAAGGUGGCGGAGAAGCGGACACAGAAGCUUUUGAUAUUGUGAGAAUCAGAAAUCCAACGAUCAUGCGUCAGCACAAGCCCAAAAGAAACAUCAGACGUGAUAUUCCAAGUCUGUACAGACUGUCUUUAGGGUUUGGACCUGAUGUUGUUAUUUUUAGACAAUUUCUUUCUGAAAAACUAGAAGAAGCAAAUUCAGACAUCGCAUCUCUAUCACUUGACACUGUGCACAGAUAUGUAUUUGAAGGCACAGGUUCAGUUACUGGAUCCUUGAGCUCCAUAGAAUCAAUAGAUUCAGAUACAGAUUUAAGUAAUGAAAAUAUUUGUGAAUGGGGACCACACUUUCAAAAAAUUGCUAAUAUUUGUAUGGAAAAUAAAACCAAAGAAAAACAAACAACAUGACACAUUGUGUCACAUACGGCCAAUAUUAACUUUAUUUAAAGUUUGAAAAACAGAGCACCCGGUAAAACAGUGUUUUUAUAAUUAUUCAAAAAAAUAUUUCAUUUAUUUUUAUUUUUGAAAAUGUGAUAUUAUUAUUUAAUAAAACAUAAAGGUGAACACAAUUUAAAGGGAUAUUAAGGUCAUUUUUUACAUAUGCUUGAUAACUUUAAGUGCCAUAAAACAUGUUAAGAUCUGUGCAUAUCCUAAAAGGGCUAAUUAAUUUAAAAUAGUUUGCAUAAAAACUUUUAAAAAAAAUUGCUGGCAAGUAUUUUAAAAUAAUUUUCAAAAAUAAGCAAAAUUACUUACAUAGCCAUGCUGUUUGGAGUAGUCUGAUCCACCCCCACUAUCAGUUUUAGCAUCAGAAACACAGGCAUUGUAUUUCAACUGAGUUCACAGCAGCUUAUUUGCGUCUAUGCAUGCUCCAGCAGAUAAUGACUGUUAAAGUGUUGCAUUCUACCAAAACAAGUGUGGAUAUAGAAGGAAUUGUGUGGGGGGAGUUAGAGCUGUACAAUUCAGAAACUUAAAAGAAAGAGUUAAUGAUGAGGCACUGCAGUAUAAAUGUGCAGCUAAAGUAAUUAAAGUACAUAGUAUUAUAUUUUUUUUAUGUCCCUUUAAUCAUGGCUUUUCAAAAUAUUUAUUUUGUUAUUAAAAUGUGUAUUUGUGUUAAUCCCGACACAACCCUCUUGAAAAGCCUCUUGAAGAGCGUUGCUUAUGUUAUCUUCUCUUCUUUUGUAAAUUAGGGACAGUUAUACAUGAUCAGCCACAAAUAUAAAGCUUUCUUUCUCUGAGCUGCAUGUAGCAGGGCCAGGGUACUUCAUUCCAUAGAAGGCACUUCAGCCUAUCUGGGGCAGUGAAAAAAAAAUAUUUUAUGAUUUAAAGGGACACUUUAGUCAAACAUUUUCUAACAUAAUUUAGAUACAGCAAAAAAAAUGUUUCCUCCUAUUAUCGAAAAUGUGCAUAGUCUUUAUAUAUGCACACUUUAUGAGGGACCUACUCUUAUGGAGCAUGUGAAAGCAUUAACAGUGUAUGCAAAUAUGAGUCUGUGAUUUGCUAAUGUCUGUAACGUGAUACAGGUGAUAAAUGGAAGAAAUGUAAAAAUUGUCAGAAAAUAAAAUCUGCUUAUUUACAAUUCAA